UAAACUGCAAGCAGACAGCAACCGAGGAUAAUUUUCUUUAUUUUUAGAGUGGACUUUGUGUGUGUGUUUACUUCAGCAAUACAGUAGCUCCGUUGGAAGCUGACUGGAUUUAAACACGUGCUUUGAAAAGACAAUUUACUCUUAGCAUGUUCAUUUGUAUGCUCUGUUUCUUAGUUGUUAUGUUCAACUAUUAGGCACUAAUUGUAGGUGUCUUAAUAGCUGGUAUAAUUGAGGUUGUGUCUGUUUACUUCUCAUACUUUUGUGUUAGAAGGGUUUGUAUCUCAGCUGGAGUUUGUCAUCAAAAUCGCUGUGUGAGGAAGAGUUAAAGGAAAAGGGAUUUGGGGAUAAUUUAAAUUUGAUCACUUGAAAAACAAAUAGCUUGAGUGUAAUUAAAUGACUGGUUUGAUUCUUCCUUAAAUGUCACUUAAAACAGGCUUGCUUUUAACCCGGAGUAUUUGUCAUUGGCCUCAUCUCCUGUGCUGAGAAGCUUGUGAGCUGAUGAGCUGAGAUGGAAUGACUGGCAUGCAGGAGGGAUGAUGCUAUACAGGCUUGUGAAUCAGAGCAGAUGGUGUGACUGUUUCAGAUAUCUUUUCAGUUCCCAUUCCUUUUACAUGGGCAGCUUUCUUUUGCUAAUGGAGCGAGCCUUUGGGGGAUAAACAAGGCUUCAUACAGAGCGCUAAGGUCUUCUGCCCUCAAGAUGAAAAGGAGAAAGCUUAUAGAAGUAAAGCUGCAGUUUUAGCCCGGGAGGAUUUUAGUGUUGGUUUAGCAGCAUGAGCUGGGAAACCCUAAUUAUUCCGUCAGCUGCCUACAUUACCUUCACCCAGCCUGGCUGAACGCUACCCGAGUGUCUGCUCUAAAGGAGCACAGGACAGGUCAGAAACAGCGAGCAAGAUCAUGUAGCACCAGUCUGUUCCACAGCUGUGCUAGCACUGCCCUGGCAACCCAAGCUGGAGCUCCUAACUCGUCACCCUGCGUUGGUGAGUGCUGCCUGUGCCUGCCCUGCCUGAGCAUCCCUGGGAGCUGGGGCACUGUUACCUGGAAAAGCAGCUCCAGAUCUCCUCAGCAGGUAAUCGGAGUUUUGAGAAAAUUCCUAGGAUGAAUGUUUCCUGGUGGUUCUGAACAGAAAUGCAGCACUUGCAGAGUUCACACUUUUGCUUCAGCUCUGGGUUGUAAAUUGGAUUAUAAGGAAAGGUACAGCAUGUUCUGUUUCUGUUAGUCAGGGCGGAGCUCUUAGCAUCCAUCAGCAUUUUCAUUAUGGUGCACGUAAACCCUAUUUAAACCAGAAGUACUGAGCUCUUACCAGCAGUGCUGUCUGUCUGCUCUCUGGUUACAGGCAGCUGAACAAUCAGAAACCUUUCCCCAAAGGCUAGCUGGCACUUCUGCAGUUCCGGUCCCAAGGCCAGCCAACUUACCAGCGUGGUCCAAUGUUUGUGUUUCAGUUCUUGGUGCUGGUUCUUUUAAACAAAAAUUGGUUCUUUCUCCUGGCUCAUCUGUUCAAUAUAACACCUGAUUCUUAGGAUCCUGAUUGGGGAAAAGUCUUUUCUAAGGAACAGCUAGUGCUUCAGGUUGUCGUAGGUAAACCAUUUACUAAUAGAUUCAGCUGUGUACAAAAUCCCCAUGCUCUGGAAAUAAGGGGGCUACUGAAUUCAAUUGCUUCUCUGUUUGCUUUUAAGAUGGUGAUAGCUACUGCUCUGGUUUUGUAGUUGCUGCCAAGGAGCGAAGUAACUUUAUGUAAUAACAGUCCAUUAUCCUUUUUACCUAUUUCUCAGCACAGAGGGGUCUCAGGGCUAGGUAGGUGCCUUAAACUUAGCUUGCUGCAGGCUAGUCUCAAGCCCUGCAUUUCUGCGUUUGGCAGCUUCUAGCCUAUGCCUCCCUCUGCACUCGGGGACAACCCCAGUUUCUUUGGCUCUGCCUCUGGAUGCUGCCUUUGCCUGGCUGCCGGGUGACAACAGUCCUCAUUUGUUACUGCCACCAGUGCAUCGCUGUGCCAGCCACGGCUGCUUUUGGCUUUGCAGAAGCUGUGGUGAAAGGAUGUGGCUGCAGAGGGAAGGAGCACAUCUCAAGGAAUAGCAGUGCUCCCCAGUGCUCCCAGCAUCUCACUCCCUCCCCAUCUGUGCUUACAGAAGUGAUACUGGGUGGGAGACUGACAUCAGUCCCAUUUUACAUGAAGCCGAGACACUCGGCAAUCUUUGUGGUGUCCCCUAUGUUUGCUAGGGGGUAUUAUGGCAGUGUGUGCUGUCUCUUUGCUAUACUACAUAGCAAUACCUUUUAAUUAGGUGAAUUUAAUUACAUACUGGUUUGCAACAGAACUUCUUACACUGCUGAAUGCACUUGCAACACUUUAAUGGGUGUAUUAUCAUCGUACUUAGUGAUUUUUAGUGUUCCUUCACUUUGUAGCUACACUGAUAACUUGCUGGUACAGCAAAAUAUUAUCCAGGGGUGGUUUUUGCCUCAGUUGAACGGCCUUGUAUAAAGGAUAAGAAAUAACUGCGAUGUGGGAGGUGCAGAACCGUGUAAUUCAUUCAGCCAAUAUGCAGUGUUCCCCAGAGCAGUUUUCCACGGUGAGGGUGACUGACUGGCCAAACCUGACCUUUUGUCACAUCUACCAAACUGCUUUGGAAACCUUUCAAGUGUGCUUUUUUCCUAAAAUGUGACAGCCAGGAAGGCAGGCUCUCGUUGAAGUAUUCUGACACAGUUUUUGUUCAGCUUUAUUGACACAAACCUGUAGGUACAGAUGAAACCUGGAAAACAUCAUUGGAAGUGCUCAAAAAUUAUGGAAAGUUCUACAAGCAGGGCUAGGAUGUGGUUUCACGGUUCACACAGUAAUUCCUGAACAAGAGCCUGAGUUGAGGCCGGGCUGCAAAGGGGUUGUGAGAAGGUUACCAAGGGUCUGUAUAAUAUCUUAAAAUUAAAACAGUGUGAGCAAAGAAACUAAUUUUGAUCCUGUUAGAGCUACUGUCUUUUCCAUAGCAUGGAUUGAUUUCCUCUUUAAGCCACUGUGAAGUACCAUGUGUCUCUUCUGCACCUUUUGGCAGAAAUGUCCUGAGGUGAACGCAUUUUUCGAGGGUAUGUUUUGUUCUCUGGUCCUGCUGCUCUUCACCCAGGAUCGCUCAGCUCAGUACCUUCUUGUUCUGAUCAUUCACGCCUGGACUCAAAAAUUAGUGUUUUUGUUAAUUAUCGGGAGAAGGUUUGAAAAGACACGCGUACUCAGAAGCAAGCAGCAGUGCCAUGUUUAGGUAUGAUCCAACCCAAAAUUAAAUCUAAUUAUGUUAAUUAGAAAAUUGCAUGCUCACCUCCAGAAGUGAUAACAUCAGCAAAGCCAGCGGUAACCUUUCAUAUCUCUGUCAAGCCUUGUUGUUAGGAUUCUUUCAGCAAUUAAUGUGUUUAAAAAUGUUAUAAUAUUCCCAGGAAGAGUCGGUGUUUCAGCAUGCAGAGUGCUGGGGCGAUGUUGCUAUGGCAGCCUUAGCUAUGAUUUCUUUCUCUUUUUAAUGCCAAAAUAUUUUUUUCUCUCCUCUGAAUAUCCUGCAUUUUAGUUAUUGCUAUUCUUACUGUUUAAAUGACUCUUUAUAAAGUGGCAGGACCAUAUAUCAGUCAUUUUAUUGCUUUUCCUAUUGUAAUUGUUAAUACCAGUAAUGCAAUAUCACUUUGUGUGUAAGAUAUCGUAAAUGUAACCUAAUCCAAAAGACUCCACUCAAUGCCAUGAGUUGAUAACCAGAGAGGCUGCUGUGAAAUGUUUUUGAUCAUAGUUGUUUGUUUUUUUUACCUAUUUGCUGGUACCUCUGAACAUCACGUCUGCCCUGGCAUUCCAGCACCCUCUAAACAUGAUGGUGUGGGGUAAAGGUGUCUCAGUAUUUCUCUUGGUGUGAGGAAAAGCAGAGAGCUGGUAAAAGGGUAAACCAGCCUCAUGUGGGUCACAACAACCCCAGGCAGCGCUACAGGCUUGGGGAAGAGUGGCUGGAAAGUGCCUGGGGAACAGGGUCUGGGGGUGCAGGUGAACAUGGGCCAGCAGUGGCCCAGGUGGCCAAAAAGGCCAAGAGCAUCCUGGCUUGUAUCAGGAAUAGUGUGGCCAGCAGGACCAGGGCAGUGACCAUCCCCCUGUACUGGGCACUGGUGAGGCUGCACCUCGAAUCCUGGUUUCAGUGUUGGGUCUCUCACUACAGGAAAGACAUUGAGGUGCCGGAGAGAGUUCAGAGAAGGGAACAGAGUUAUUGAGAGGUCUGGAGCAAAAGUGUGAUGAGGAGCAGCUGAGGGAACUGGGGCUGUUCAUCCUGGAGAAAAGGAGGCUGAGGGGAGACCUUAUCACUGUCUGCAACUACCUGAAAGGAGGUUGUAGCAUGGAGGGGUUGGUGUCUUCUCCCAAGUAACAAGUGAUGGGAUGAGAGGAAAUGGCCUCAAGUUGUGCCAGGGGAUGUUAUCCUAAUAUUCUAAUUGGAUAUUAUGAAAAAAUUCUUCACAGAAAGGGUUGUCAGGCACUGAAACAGGCUAAAAGAUAUGUAGAUGAGGUUCUUAGGGACAUGGUUUAGUGCUAGAGUUAGGUUAGGUUAUGGCUGGCCUUGAGGGUCUCUUCCAACUGAAACGAUUCUAUUGUUCUAUUCUAUGAUUUCUUUUAGCAGAGGUUUGAUGGACAGAGGGGUAGAGCUCUCCCGCCCUGUUGUUGUCUGCAGCCAGCUCGGUGCUGUGUGGGGCUGGAGGCACCACAAAGCUGCUGUUGUUCUGAGCCACCUUUGUCCAGUGACUCACACAAGUGAAGACGCUGCUCAGAGCGGGCUGCAGCUGACUCUCCUCUCUCUGCUGAGAGCCUGGCCUUCCCCAGGGUGCUGUAAGUGUAAAGUAUGACUGAUCACCAGUUGAUGAGUACAGAUCUUAUAAUUGAAUUAUAUUCCUUCAUGGGAUUUCUCGUGUUUGGGUUUUUUUUUUUCUUCCUCACUUAUUCAUGCUGGCAUGCAAUGCUUUUGCUCUUGUCAUUACAAAUCUGCAUGUCAGGAGGAAAAGUAACUGUUACCCGUGUGUUACAAGGAUAUUUCAGGAGUGUGCCUGAUGACAAGGUAACAAGCUGUGCAGUGUUUGUGGUAGUUCACCUAUUUCCCCUGUUUAAAAUCUUAAUAUGUCAGUAUUGUCCUCAUGGGGAUAGCAAAACAACCCAAACAUCCCCAGGGAAAGCCAACAAUGUCUUCCUCCUGCUUUGCUUGAGCCUGGCUUCAUUUUGGGAAGUGAGGGGAUGUAGACAUGGUGGUCCCUGUGCGUGCUGCUCUCCAGUCUGCACCCCCAGAGAUAGCUGUGCGGAACUGAGCAUGGAGCUCUCCUGGAGAGAAACGCCGGCUAAAAAGGCAGUCAGAACAAAGCUUGUGUAGUCAGUGAGGGCUUGCGGUUUCUGGCAGGAUACCAGGAUGCAAAUACUCCUUCUUUAUAGACUUGAUUUCUUGUUAUGUGUUAGUGUGAUUCCUGGAGUGAUUGUGGAAGAGAAGAGGACUUCAGCAAGGAUUCGCAUCCAGAUGAGAAUUUUUUCCGCCCCCUGCCCCGGCUGGACGUGCAUUAACUUCCAUUAUCACUUUGCGUGCCUGUGCUAUGAAGAAGCCUGACCCUAACCCAGGCAGCAUGAGAGAGAUCUUUACAAGGGCCAAGUGCCUGCAGAGCGCUGGUUCUGGAGCAGUGGCAGGGAACGGGAGCGCGCACACAACCUGCGGCGGGGAGGGGGAGCGCGGGGCCCUGGCAGGAGGUGCUGAGCACCGUGGGGCCAGCCCACAGCACGAAGAGGGCAGAUACGCAGAGCUCCAGGUCUGAGCGUGGGUCUGGGCUGGCAGAAGGCAGGGAACAGAGGGAGGCAGACUGAGAGAGACGUGCAGAGAGGGCGAUGCUCUUACCUGCCUCCCAGCAGACUGGUAAGUGGGCAGUGUUUAGCUCUUUGGUGGAGAUCUCCAUUCGCUUCUACCCACGGUAGGGAGAGGUGGAGAGGCUUCCCCCUGAGCCGGAGCUGCCAUCCUCGUGUUCUGCUCUGGUCUUGUCCCCAGCCUGGGAAGAAACAGUUUCCCUUUUGGGGCAAACUGGAAAGGUGUCACUGGUAUUUAGAAUCAAAGAUGUUUUCUUGAAAAUCUCAAAUGAAAUAAGCAUUUGUGCGUAUCUAUAAUAUACACAGAUACAUAUAUACUACAAACACUAUAUAUAUAAAUAAAAAUGAUGGCGUUUUAGUGUUUGCCCUGAGCUGCCUGCUUUGGAACGGCUGCAGCCCUGCAAGUGAGUGUUCAGCAGGAAAAAGCGUUCUCCAUAACAAACUGCUGCAGUCAAGUUUUGCAUCAGCAAAGGAAAUGAGAGCGAACUCUGGCGUCAAUUGAUUUAUUUUCUCAAGCUAAAAUGAUCAUUAAGCCCCUCUGGUGCCCAGAAAGCUGCGUUUGGAAGGGAGUGUGGUGAACACUGAGCUUUCUGAGGGAAUCCUUGCGCAAGCACGUGCAGGCUUUUCUCCUAGCGCUUGGGGUUCGAUAUGCUGGAAAAUAUUUGAAAUGAGCAUCUCUGUUUGCUGCCCUCAAGCAACACAUGUAGGGAGUCACACCUUCUUGGCUGCCAUUGAAUUCAGCUGCUUGCUCUUUGAUGGACUACUUCUUAAUAUUGAUACUGAAGUGUUUUUCUGGUGUUAAACACCAGUUAGCCACUCAAGUGAAAGGUAAACUGUGUAAGCGAUGGAAGAAGAGAGCCUGAGCUCACAUUUCUGAAGUCGGCGCUGUUCCAUGAGGGAGUAGUUAGGUAGGAAAGACAUUAAAAAGAAAACCUGAUCUUAAUGGACAAAUGGCCUGAAAAUUCUGUAGAAUUAAAACUUGUUUUCUUUAAGAAGCUAAAAUGAAACCAAAAUCUCUCACUAACAGAACAAUGCUGUCGGUAGUGUAAAUGGCAGUCAGGUGAAGCUGGAGGGUGUAUUAGGGAGGGUUUCUGCACUGCAGCAGCUUGCGAUCAGUGCAGGUGAGGAAACUUCGAACCAAUGCUUUGAAAAUGGGAAUCACUGAGGUCUGACUGAGGCAUUGGGUGAAAGCUUCUGUGAGCUCUGGAGCUGGUCCUUGGGCAGUAAAAUUGCGUGGAGAGAGUUUGCUUAGAUCAAGGCCUCAAUCCAGUGCAAACAGACCUACUGUAGCGUUCAGUUCUCUGCUUAGCAUGAGAGUGUGAAGUGUUUGCAGUCAGCGCCUGGUCCAGCGCUUUCCACUGGAGACAUGUCCUGCUGGCACAACAUGCAACCCUCUCUGCAGAAGACUUCAGGGUUGCAAAGGCGGUGUUAGGAGAGCCGAGGUUACCAGACCUCAAAGAAGGUGGGAAGGAAAGCAGCAUGAAACAUCUUGGUAUAAACUAUAACACAUUAGCCUUAAAACAGCAAAACCAAAACCAAGGUUAGAAGCCCUCAUUCUGUUCCUUUCAACAUGGCAGGAAACCUUCUGACAUAAAGCUGGAUGCACUUGGAAAAAUUUAAGUUAGUCUGAAAGCUGCGUGUGAUGAUUAUAUUAGUGCACUGUGGAGCUUAAUUUUUUUUUUUUUAAUUAAGAACUACUUAAUCAUAAAAAUGAAAGCAGUUACUAUAGGUCUUAAAUCAAACAAGAACGUGAGAAAGAAUAUGUGCUUCAGCAGCAGGUCCAAGCUGAGUUGUCAAAGCUGUGGGGAUUCUGCAGUUACCUUGGCUCAGAAGAACCUCUGUAUGGGUCUCUGUCUGCUUUACUCUGGAGGAAAAAUCUGAUUGUGUGUUGCUUAGAAAGUACAGCAGUGAAGAUACACGACAGUUUUGAGUAGUUAACAUAGUAAUUUUUUUAUUUUUAUUUUUCUCUUUACAGAGGGGAUUUAAAUUGGGAAAAUGAUCCACUGCAAAAUCUUGAGGGUUGGAGUAGAAGUGACGUGCAGAAUCUUCAUGUUGUCAGCUCAGCCUGUUCGUACAUAUGCUGAGUGUGGCAUAUUUAACUGCAGCUGCUUCGUGACAGAAUAAAAGCUGGAUGUGAGUUGUGCAUUGGGAAGUGAUUGAUGUGUGCUUGUGCAGCUUGUAGCACUAUGAGAAACACGGGUGCAGCUGCCGAUGAUGUUUACUAGAAGUAGAUUGAAAAGGCAAGAAAAUGAAAUUGCACUUCUGCACACAAAACCUGUUGUAAAACUGUGGGGCAGGAAGCAAUUCCGGAAGCAAAAACUCCAUUUGUUUCUGCGGGACAAGAUGAAGAGGCUUCUUCAAGGCCAGGUAGAUGAGAAUCCAAACCACUCUCAUCACUGCCAGCUCUCCCCGGUGGAGAUCGAGACGGACAUGUUCGUUUGCGGGAUGAAGAGGAACUCUGCGAGCACUGAAUUUUCCACUGCUGGAGGGGACUUCCAUCAGGAUGAAGGACGUGAUUCCAAGGGAGUGAGUGAAGUGUGCGUUGGUGAGGUGGAACUGAACUGGGAUGGCUAUGUAAAAAUACCAUGCUCUGUUCAGCAGAACAAGGUGAAUGUGCAGGGCAGUUCUUCUGAUGGCGUGACGCAGAGCUCUGCUGACAGAAAGGGCAGAGUGUCCGAGGGGCAGGACCUUUCUUCCCUGAACGUUACCAUGAGCUGGAGGGAGGCAGCCGAAAGGCAAGGGUGCUUUCCCCAGGAAAAGCCCACUGCGUACAAGAGUCGCAGACGGCAGUCGAGAGAUCGCUCAGCUGAUGUGGUGGAUUACAUCGUCAAAGAGCUACAGGGAAUAAGUCGCAUCCAGACAGAGAUUGCAGAGCUCCGACAGCACCUCACCUUGAUUAAAGGCUCUGUGGAUGAAGUCUCCAGCUGUGUGGAUACGGUCCUGAGCGAGAUAGAAGGCUUGCAAGGUGGUUCUGCUGGCAAAACCCAGGGUACACAUGCUCGAGAACCCAGUAGGGAGGUACACAAGGAAGAACCAGUAUUAUAUUUUUAUGGCAUCCCAGAAGAAGAUGGCGAAAACACGCUAGAGCUUAUCUGCAACUUCUUGUCUGAAUAUCACUGUUUCAAUGGUAUCCAGUGCAGUAAGUAUAUAAAAGAUGCUUAUAGAUCAGAUAUUGGUACAGGCAAGCCAUUAACACCACGACCAGCAGUUGUGAAACUUGUCAGUUGUGAACAGAGAGACUUUAUUUUACAGAAGUCUGUCCUUCUGCAAAGCUCAGGGGUCCGGAUUGCUACCAGUGAAGAGCAAAAGCGGCAGAAUGGCCAGAGGGGCCGUAAAAUGGAUUCAGUCUCUUUGCAGUCUGGAUUCAAGAAAAAUCAUCGCAACUCGGUGAAUCCUGAUGCAGCUCAGCGAACUGAUGCAGUUGGUCACCCUCAAACUGACUCAUUCCAGGUGAGGUGUAAAAGCACGAGCAGGAAAACACAGUGCGUAGGGGAUACAUUUGAUUCUGUGCAGAAGUCGACCUUGACUAAGAAAAGCAACUCGAUACCUGGAACUGGGAAGGAAGCGCAAACAAUAAGCUGCAGUGAGCAGCAUUCAGAUGAGAAUGACAGGCACCAGGCCCCUUGUGAACCUCUACAAAAUGCGCAGGUGACCAGUUUGGCCAGACCAGGUGAUGGAAAUUACUGCUGCUCCUCUGACCCCUUGGGCCCUGCGAGCCAUAUGUGUGCUUCAAGCGAUGGUGGUGAGCACAGGCUUGACACCGAAAGUGUCACUGAGAAUGGUUCUUCCCUUCUCGAUAAAGUUGAGGGCAUAACUGCAGCAGAAAUUGAAAUAGACUGUGAUAUGUCAUGCAAACUUACCAGUGCAGAGAAAGUUGAUAUUCAAAGAGAAGAUGUUUCUAGUGGAGUGACAACCAUUAGCUACGAUCACACAACGGAUGAAAUGGCUGAUAGUAGUGACAGCUUGAAAGAUAUGAUCCAAAUGGACCUGAAUGAUCAAGAUCCAACUGAUCAGGUCUUUAGGGACGUCCUGGAAAAUUCCCAGUAUUUCCUUGACCAUUCCCAGGAUAACAUUGAUCUUGUAGACAUGAAGUUUUACACAAAUAAGCUUGGGAAAGCUAUUCAUCACUUCAGGUCUGCUCUGCAGCUGGUGUUUCACAAACUGGAGACAAGCGAUUCUGAAAUCCUUUUGGAAAAUGAUAGUGGAUUGCAGAUGGACGAUGACAAUACGCUUAUGCUGACCAGUUCAGGUAUGUGUGGCAGCUCUGACAACUUUGCAGAAACCCCUCCUAGUCAGUCCUCCGAGAGCCAGGCAAACACAACUGCCAACAGCGAAACGUCUGCUCAAAUGCAGUUUGUUCCUUCCAGCCUUUCUUCUCUUCCGCAUGAGCCUCCUGUUUCCAGUUUGGUGCCAUCAUCCGACUGUGAAAUCCGCGCUGGGCAGCGCUCCCUUCCUGAGGAGCUUGGACGAGAUGUGACCCCUCUGCCCGAGCAAGCAAAGGAGUGCAGACCCAUGAGCCUUGACAAGGUGUGCGCAGAGACCAUCUACCUGAACAAAUGCAUCAACAAUUUCAAAAACGUGCUGAGGGAAAAGAGACAAAUGCGUAGGAGACUCUUAAAAGAAUUAGCGCAGGAAGGAAACUGGAUUUCUGCAGAGGAAACAAAUUCAGAAGGAGGUAGAGGAGAGCUCCAGGGUCAAGAUGAGGCUGAUCCGUCAAAACCUCCCUGGCUCAAAGGAGGGCCUGCAGGUGGUCUCUAUGGCAUUGACAGCAUGCCCGAUCUACGCAAAAAAAAGCCAAUUCCACUUGUCAGUGAUCUGUCACUGGUUCAGUCCCGGAAAGCCGGAAUUACCUCAGCAAUGGCCACUAGAACAUCUCUCAAAGAUGAAGAGCUGAAAUCUCAUGUCUACAAGAAGACCUUGCAAGCCUUAAUUUACCCCAUCUCUUGUACAACCCCGCACAACUUUGAAGUGUGGACAGCCACAACUCCUACCUACUGCUACGAGUGCGAGGGGCUGCUGUGGGGCAUCGCGCGGCAGGGAAUGCGCUGCGGGGAGUGCGGAGUCAAGUGCCAUGAGAAGUGCCAAGACCUGCUGAAUGCUGACUGCUUACAGAGAGCAGCGGAGAAGAGCUCGAAGCAUGGAGCUGAAGACCGAACCCAGAAUUUCAUCAUGGCCAUGAAGGAUCGUAUGAAAAUCCGUGAGCGGAACAAGCCAGAGAUCUUUGACUUGAUCAGAGAUGUGUUUUGUGAGAGCAAACUGACACACGCUCAGCAGAUGAAGACGGUGAAACAGAGCGUGCUCGAUGGCACCUCAAAAUGGUCAGCAAAGAUCACGAUCACGGUGCUGUGUGCUCAGGGUCUGCAGGCCAAAGACAAAACUGGGUCCAGUGAUCCGUAUGUAACUGUUCAAGUGGGUAAAACAAAGAAGAGGACAAAAACCAUUUUUGGAAAUCUGAACCCUGUUUGGGAAGAGAAGUUUUACUUUGAGUGCCAUAAUUCCUCCGACCGGAUCAAGGUGCGAGUAUGGGAUGAAGAUGAUGACAUCAAGUCCCGUGUCAAGCAGAGGCUGAAACGCGAGUCGGAUGAUUUCCUGGGGCAGACAAUCAUUGAAGUCCGUACUCUGAGUGGAGAAAUGGAUGUGUGGUACAACCUUGAGAAGCGAACAGAUAAGUCCGCAGUGUCUGGGGCUAUUCGCCUGCAAAUCAGCGUGGAGAUCAAAGGCGAAGAGAAGGUGGCUCCAUAUCAUAUUCAGUACACUUGCCUUCAUGAGAACCUCUUUCACCAUCUCACAGACGUGCAAGGGAAUGGGGUGGUGAAGAUUCCUGAUGCCAAAGGAGAUGAUGCCUGGAAGGUGUAUUUUGAUGAGACAGCUCAAGAAAUCGUGGAUGAAUUUGCAAUGCGUUACGGCAUUGAAUCGAUAUACCAGGCCAUGACGCACUUUGCAUGUCUCUCUUCUAAAUACAUGUGCCCGGGUGUGCCAGCUGUGAUGAGCACCUUACUUGCCAAUAUCAAUGCUUAUUAUGCGCACACAACUGCCUCCACAAAUGUGUCUGCUUCGGACCGCUUUGCAGCCUCCAAUUUUGGGAAAGAACGAUUUGUGAAGCUCCUGGACCAGCUUCACAAUUCACUUCGGAUUGAUCUCUCAAUGUACAGGAAUAACUUCCCAGCCAGCAGCCGCGAACGGCUGCAGGACCUGAAGUCUACGGUGGAUUUGCUGACCAGCAUCACUUUUUUCAGGAUGAAGGUCCAAGAGCUGCAGAGUCCUCCCCGCGCCAGCCAGGUAGUGAAGGACUGUGUGAAAGCUUGUCUCAACUCCACCUACGAGUACAUUUUCAACAACUGUCAUGAGCUGUACAGUCGCGAGUACCAAACAGAUCCUAACAAAAAUCAGGACCUUCCUCCCGAGGAACAAGGCCCCAGCAUCAGGAACCUGGACUUCUGGCCCAAGCUCAUCACUUUGAUAGUUUCCAUCAUAGAAGAGGAUAAGAAUUCUUAUACCCCAGUCCUGAAUCAGUUUCCUCAGGAGCUUGUUGUUGGGAAGAUCAGUGCCGAGGUGAUGUGGAGUCUCUUUGCCCAGGAUAUGAAAUAUGCCAUGGAAGAGCAUGAGAAGCACAGACUGUGUAAAAGUGCAGACUAUAUGAAUUUACACUUCAAAGUGAAGUGGCUGUACAAUGAAUAUGUUCGUGAUCUGCCUGCCUUCAAGGGAAAAGUGCCUGAAUAUCCAGCGUGGUUUGAGCAGUUUGUGAUGCAGUGGCUGGAUGAAAAUGAAGAUGUGUCCCUAGAAUUCCUGCAUGGUGCUCUGGAGAGAGAUAAAAAAGAUGGGUUCCAGCAAACAUCCGAGCAUGCUCUGUUCUCUUGCUCAGUGGUGGAUGUCUUCACCCAGCUUAAUCAGAGCUUUGAGAUCAUUAAGAAGCUGGAGUGCCCGGACCCUGUCAUUGUUGCUCAUUAUAACAGGAGGUUUGCUAAGACUAUUGGGAAGGUGCUAAUGCAGUAUGCCGACAUCCUCUCCAAGAGCUUCCAGUCCUACUGUUCCAAGGAGAAACUGCCCUGCAUCCUGAUGAAUAACAUCCAACAGCUGAGGGUGCAGCUAGAGAAGAUGUUUGAAGCCAUGGGUGGCAAAGAGUUGGAUGCAGAAGCAAGUGACCAUCUCAAAGAGCUCCAGGUGAAGCUGAACAAUGUUUUGGAUGAGCUGAGUGCUGUGUUUGGUAACAGCUUUCAGACUCGUAUUGAUGAGUGUGUCAAGCAAAUGUCUGAUAUCCUGUGUCAAGUGAAAGGAACAGGAAAUGUUGCUGCUAAUGCCAGAAACACAGUCGCACAAGAUGCAGAUAAUGUCCUGAGGCCGUUGAUGGAUUUCCUGGAUGGAAAUCUGACACUGUUUGCAACUGUGUGUGAAAAGACGGUGUUGAAACGGGUGCUGAAGGAGCUCUGGAGGGUGGUAAUGAACACCAUGGAGAAGCUGAUUGUGCUGCCUCCUCUUACAGACCAUACGGGCACACAGUUGAUUUUCAGUGCUGCUAAGGAACUGGGACACUUGUCAAAGUUGAAGGAUCAUAUGGUGAGAGAAGAAACUAGGAGUCUCACUCCAAAGCAGUGUGCUGUUUUGGAUCUGGCACUGGAUACUAUCAAACAAUAUUUCCAUGCUGGUGGAAAUGGUCUGAAGAAAACCUUCUUGGAGAAGAGUCCAGACCUGCAAUCGCUUCGAUAUGCUCUUUCUCUCUACACUCAGACCACAGACACUCUCAUAAAAACCUUUGUCCAGACUCAGACCGCUCAGGUGCAUGAUGGGAAAGGUAUUAGGUUUACCGCUAAUGAGGAUGUUCUUCCUGAUAAGGGCUCUGGUGUGGACGAUCCUGUGGGUGAAGUGUCCAUACAGAUCGACCUGUACACCCACCCAGGGACUGGUGAACACAAGGUCACGGUGAAAGUUGUGGCAGCCAAUGACCUGAAGUGGCAAACGUCCGGCAUGUUCCGUCCAUUUGUUGAAAUCACCAUGAUCGGGCCCCAUCAGAGUGACAAGAAGAGGAAGUUCACAACCAAGUCAAAGAGCAACAACUGGGCUCCCAAAUACAAUGAAACCUUUCACUUCAUCCUGGGGAAUGAGGACGGCCCCGACGCCUACGAGCUCCAAGUCUGCGUGAAGGAUUACUGCUUUGCCCGGGAGGACCGGGUGCUGGGGAUAGCAGUGAUGCAGCUCAGAGACAUCGCAGACAAAGGAAGCUGCGCUUGCUGGUGCCCCCUCGGGCGCAGGAUUCACAUGGAUGAGACUGGACUUACAGUCCUGAGGAUUCUCUCUCAAAGAACCAACGAUGAAGUCGCUAAAGAAUUUGUGAAGUUGAAAUCCGAGUCCCGCUCCAUGGAGGAGGGCACCUAAGCUCAGCUGUGUAAUGUUCCCUUUCCUCUUCUGCCUUGUGCCAAUAUGUGCAAGUGUUCAACAAUUCUCUUUUAUUAAUUACAACGUUUUUUUUUUCAUAUUGUCUUUGUGAGCUCCGAUAGCGCACGUGUGCUGUACAGGAAACAAAUCCAUCAAUCUGAUGUGAAUUAUUUAUUUUUUAGUAGCUGGGUAAGACACCAUAGAGAACGAGACAGUCUCUUCUUAUUUAAGAUGCAAAUUCUGCUUUGUGUAUAUAAAUUAUUUUAUAUUGGAGGCUGGAUCUGCUGGGUUUUGUUGAUAUGCAGCACUGUGAUUUUAUCCUCUGAAGCUGGCAGGCGUUAAAAAGGUUCUACAUAAUCACCCUGUGAUAAAAACACACAACUGUGUGGAAAUUGGGAGAAUAAGAAUGAUUUGGGGGUUUGGCAAAGCACAGUUGUCUCCCAUUGAAACCCUGUACUGUGGAGCUGCCAGGCCAUAUUCUUGCACAGAUUAUACCAGUGUCCCAACGUGAUCUGCAGACGCCGAACGUCUGCUCACGCAAGUUGCAGGUUGCUCUGAAGAUGCACUCGGGAUGGAUGUCUGGCGCGGAUGUGCUGCUGGGAGCAUGGGCGAGAGCCGUGGGACAAGCGCAGAGGGGCCGGAGAUCUCGUAUCCAGGAGCUGCCCUGCUGCUCUAAUUAGGUGGUGUGCCUCGGAGAAUAUGUUAAUGAAUCCCCAUGUGCUGCUGAGAAUCUGGCAUCGCUGUGGGUGCCGUAAGCUGCCGAACUCCACCAGUCACGCUUUGGCUGCUGUGACCAGCACAGUAAGGAAGGGAACAACAUUAGAGCCAUGACAAAUAGCAUGGCUACUGUAUACUUAUUUUCCACUUCAGUAGUUUCUUUUUUUUUUAGCUUUUUGACAUAGGAUUGGAUAAUUUAUUACUUGCAGGCUCUCUGUAGCAUUUUGUUACCCUGGAGUAGCUGAGACUAUUCCUCACUAUGAACCCAGGCAUGGUGGCUCACCUGGGAGGGAGCAAAUCCUCCCCCCUGGGCAAGCGCUCGGUCUGGAGCGCUGGUCAAGGGGCAGCAGGUCCCGCCAGUUCUGAUCACGAAGUCGCUCUUGGCCGUGCUGUGGUUGAUCCUUGCCGAUUGUCACUAAUCUGUGAUUUAAUGAUACCAUUGAAAAUAUUUUUUGCACUGUCUUAAAGAAGCGUCCUGGUUUUGUUUUCUUGUGAAACAAAACGCUGUCCUGAGCAAAGUAGAUUGCAGGGAGGUCAGAAUUUCUGACUGAAAAUUCAUGAGCGGGAAGGUCUAGAGUAAUGAUUGCAUCUGAGGUAUGUUUGUUGGAGGGUCUUAAUUCUUUUGGGGAUAUUUUUGCUAUUUCCAGCUACCCUUCUACUCUGGAAAGUGCAGCUGGAACAAGCCAGUCCUUGCCCAUAAAGUACUGUAAUGCUGUCAAUAAAUUCAAGGACUGCAUAUUGAAUGACUUUUUUUUUCUAUUUUCUCUGACACUUGUAUAGCUGUAUGAUACAACUCCUGUAUUACAUGGGCUUGCUCGUAACGUUCUGAGAUGGCACAUCUGCUUUGUUCUUGUCCAUGGUGUAUUAUAGUAAUGCUCUUCAAGACUCCACGCUCUUUGUCAUGAUUUUGAAUCAUUGUACGUGCCAUUGUUAUGAGAACUGUUAGUACAGUCUUUAAUAAACUCUUUUAGCAGCA